AUGGACGUUGACUCCCCAGCCAUCACCACUACGACCUCAGCGGCUGGCCCUGCCCCACAACCAUUCUGGCACCCAUCGGAUCCCAUAGCCGCAUCCCCCGGGAAAUUGCGGCUGCCGCUUUCGGGUUAUGUUGACCGCGUCGGGGGAUGCCUGCUGGGCAAGAUGUGUGGCGACGUGCUCGGUGCCGGGGUGGAGGGCUGGGCCCACCAGGACGUACAGCUCAGCAACCCGGAAGGCCUCACGGACUUCCUUCACACGGAGCGCGGCUUUGGUUGUUACACAGACGACACCCAGAUGGCUAUCGCCCUGGCUCGGAGUCUCGUUGCUUGCGGUGGCCGCGUGGACGACGUUCAUGCCGCUCGAUGCUACGUACAAGAGUACCAACAGUUCAGGGGUUACGGAGCAACGGCAUACAAGAUUAUGUCAACCAUCCAGCGCUGCGGUAUCGAUUCCGAGUCCAUUCGCACCAUCGGCACCACGUACAUCCCCGACGGCUCCUUCGGCAAUGGCGGCGCCAUGCGCAUAGCCCCGCUGGGCCUCGUAUACAGACACGCACCUCCAGAGGUCCUCCGAAAGGCCGUCGCCGCGGCUCUCCGCUGCACCCACGUGCACCCAGUGGCCGUGGACGGAGCUUUCGUCAUCGCCCUAGGAAUCGCAUACCUGGUAGAGCGCGAGCCUCCGGCAGGCGCUGCGGCGGCGGACUACGCUCCGGCAGGCGCUGCGGCGGCGGACUACGCUCCGGCAGGCGCUGCGGCGGUGGCGGCCUCCGGCAGUGGCGAUAGCGAGCCUCAGGUUACGUCGACCGAGGCGAUGGCAGCAGCUGGCAAUGUAGUUCACGAUGCCAGAGAUGGCGUGGUGCUGCCAAAAGCUGAGGCAGAGGAGUCCGUGGCGGCGGCAUCGACGGCGCCGCCGAAGAAAGUGGCGACACCGUUGGGGUUGCUUGAUUACCUUUUGUCGCACAGUUCACUGUUGGAGACGGAAGGCAUGGUUCAGAAACUCAAAACGGUCCAGACGGCUCUGGUGCAGGCACCUCAUCAGUUCAAGGGCCCCAACGAGACAUGGUCGCAGUACUUUGCCUCACCCCGCUGGGCAGAGGAGCUGCGAUUGCAGGCGGAGGUUUCGGAGCCAUUCCAGAUCCGUGCCGAUGACGCCGCGGCGGCGGCGCUGUCGGCGCUUUGCUGCCACUGGGGACAGCCGGAGGAUGCCGUGGUGGCUGCCGUACACUACGGCGGGGAUACGGACACGGUGGCAGCCAUAACAGGCGCGCUGGUCGGGGCGCUGCACGGAACUCGAUGGUUGCCGACUCGAUGGUACGACAAUUUAGAGAAUGGAGCCUCCGGGCGCGACGAGGUCCUGCAGUUGGCCAUCAAGCUAGCGGAGUACGAUAUACGUACCUGA